CUCAUUAGGCUUACAACUAUACUUGUACAUCGGAGGAGAAAAAAGGAAAACCCAAAAAAGAACUCAACAGAAAACACUUUGCAGCACAGACUACAGACUGCAGGCCGCAGACAUUUGGUGGGCGGAUAGCACUUCUUAUAUCCGAAGAAAGAGUUGGGAUAUAUAUUUAUAUUCAAGGCGGCACUUCUAAAUUGUUCUCAUUAGCGUUCAGCAAGUAAUACGUAAUCGUCUCAAAUAAUGGUUGCUUGAAAAAAGUGAACAGUCGAUCGUAGCUAAUCACAAAGAUAGCCAACAAAGCCUCAGGCAGUAAGCAAAACAAUAACACUUUUAAGCUGAAAAGAAAAGGCAACAUGGCCGACUCCGAGUGCAGAAAGAGUGUUAAGGAGAGUCCUGCUGCUAUGGUCGAAUGGAUCAACGCCAAUCUUGGUAGUAACUUGAGGCAUUGGCGGGAGCUGCGGAGCUGCGCUCAUUGGUGCCAGAUCAUGCAUAUGAUCGAUCCAGCUGUCCUGGAUUUGCGGGACGUGCGUUUUGCCGUGUCCGGCCGGAAAGAUUGCAUUCACAACUACGGGCAGUUGCGGCAGGCAUUUGAUGCUGCUGGCCAGAUCCUUCAGUUCUCCGCGGCGCAACUGUUGCGGCCCGACGAGGAGAAGGUGCUGCAGCUGGGGAAAUGGAUGUACGCCUAUUACCAGCUCAAGUAUGAUGGACACCCCUAUGAUGCGGUGAUUGAACGCCAGGGUCAAGAGUUUCGCAUGCUGUCAGAGCCUUCAACGUCCGGCAAGCGGAUUGGCGCUGAGCCGAUCCCCAAUUCGACCACCAAUUCCCAGAGAACGAGCUUCACAAGCCUCGUGAAGAGAUAUAUGAGCUAUGCGAAGCGGAAAUCAUCAUCAGGAACGGCAUCUAAGCAGGCCAUAUCGGCAUCAGAUGUGGACAUAGUCAAGGGUAAAUCGCUCGUGCAAGUCUAUGGCAAGAGCGAUGGGAGCUCCGCAGAAGCUAAAACAAGCACGCCGACCUCCAAGCAAUCGCUCUUCACGCGCAUCUUCCGCAAAGCAACGGACAUCUCUGCGCAGAGAGACAGUAGCAGAAGCAACACAACAAGCAACCCCCCAUCUCAGGAACCUUCAACGCUCGACCCCCAAUCACACACCUCCAGCUCGGGCACGAUCGAGCUCACGGCAGUAUACAGCAGCGACAAACUGACUCGGCCCAGCAGUGCCACCCUAAUGCCUUGUCCCAACAGCAGCCUAAACACUAGCCGGCCGGCACCAGCCGAGCUGGAGACGUGUCGGGGCGAAGAUAUCAACACUGAGAGCACCUCAGUCUUUCAGCAUCUGACGUCCAAGUUGGAGGACAGUGCUGGGCCGCACCUCAGCAGCAGCUUAAGCAGCUUCACCAGCUGGAACAGCAAAAGCACGCCUGUCCAUAAGAAAAGCGAAAUGAUGCCGCAUUUGGCAAAUAGUUGCUGCAGCAGGUGCUUUCCCAGAGACAGUUGCUCGGCAGCAAGCAGCAAGAGUUUCUCGAGCCCAGGCUGGGAGUAUCGUGAUCGGGUUCGUGAGCGUCUGCGGGUCAAGCAGAGUAUCGAGCACGUCCAGAGCUGGCUGCAGGACAUGAAUCAGAAUACGGCGUAUGCUAAGGGCGACGACGACGACGAAGAGUCCUCUUCCAACGACGAGUCAGACCAAUUCUUUAAGAAUCUAAUUCAACACUAUGGCGAGGCACGUGCCCUCAUGAUCAACUACAUUCGUCGCGAGAGAGACCGUCGAUCAGAGGAGCGCAAACGCGAGCAGGAGGCCGAGUGCAGAGCACAGGCUCGCUGCCCCUAUGACGAAAUCGUUGGCUUAAGGAUAGCUGGAAAAACUGCCACCAACACCAAUCAGCAGCCGAAAAUUGCUCCCCAAGCACCAGUUAAGCUCAAGAAAAUUGAAACAUUUCCACCAAUAAACCACACCCAACGAGCAAACGAAUACGUUCGGAAAUAAACAAAGAUACACUAUAAACAAAAGCCCAAUCAGUGUGUAAGGAUUACAUAAAUGCAAAAAAAAAAAUAAAAUAAAAUAAAAGCAAUAAAUAGCUGCCAAA